UCAAAAAUUUUCCUUCUUGUCUGGAAGGGUGUUAUUGCUUUCCGUGCGUUCAUUUAUAGAGAAUAAAUCCGUGUUCUGGAUUGACUGAAUUUAUAUUAACAUCCGAAAUGUCGUUCCAUCGACGCUGUGGCAAGCGGAUCACACUUGCCAACAGCAACCGAACAGCAAUGCGGAAUAUUAGCGAGUUUAAUCACGGUUUGGUGCUGAGUGGUGAGACCCUCCAGGAUGACGUACUGUUCGAAGUGCGAAUCGAUGAGAAGAUUCAUGCCUGGAGUGGCAGUAUCGAAAUUGGCGUGACUACGGUGAAUCCGGAAACGACCGAAUUACCUCCGUGUGCGACAAAGUUACGCAACGGAACUUGGGUAAUGUCUGGAAUUUCAGUACUCAAAGACGGUCUCUCACUGAUGGAGUACUAUGGCUCUGAUCUGGAUAAGUUAGGAGAAGGUGAUCGCGUUGGAGUGCUUCGAACGGCUCAAGGGGAACUGAUUUUCUACGUAAACGGAGAAUCGCAGGGUGUGGCUGCUGUUGACAUACCAAAAAAUGUGUAUGCACUGGUCAAUCUAUAUGGAAAAUGCGUACAAGUUUCUAUUUGUCCUUCGGAUAGCUUAGAGUAUGCAAAUGAAAGUACUCAAAUUUCUCAAAAUAUCGAUAUUGCUAUGUCUGUGGAGAUGUCAGUUAGUGUUGCUGCUAAUGGUGGUGGACCAUGUAUGUCGGGAACUUCGCAGGAUGGAAUGGAUCCAAAUGACAAGCUGCGGUUCCAUACUCGUUGUGGAUCACUAGUGAAGUUAAGUGCAAAUUGUCGUACGGCCGAACGGCGCAGGCCACUGGACGAAUUUAACAAUGGAGUCGUUAUGACUCACCGACCUCUGAGAGAUAAUGAGCUGUUUGAAAUACGAAUCGAUCGACUGGUCGACAAAUGGUCCGGAUCCAUAGAGGUCGGUGUCACAACACACUGUCCGUCUGCAUUGCAGUUUCCAGCUACCAUGACAAAUCUGCGUAGCGGAACGAUUAUGAUGUCUGGUUGUGGAAUUUUAACAAAUGGAAAGGGAACUCGCAGAGAGUACGGUGAGUUCAAUCUGGAUGAGCUGCGUGAGGGAGAUCGGGUAGGAAUGAUGCGUAAAUCCAACGGCAAUCUCCAUUACUACAUAAACGGACGUGACCAAGGAGUUGCUGCAACAAGAGUAUCUCAAACUUUGUGGGGAGUAAUCGAUCUGUACGGAAUGACCAUUAAGGUUACGAUUGUGGACCGCGACGAACGAGAGCAACAGAACUUGGUUACGAGAAGAAACAACCUGAUGAGUUUGCCAGUUUCUGAGCAAGAACUGAUUCCUCCUAGUCCAGAAAUAGACUACAGUCACUCGGACCGACUGUUGUUCCAUCCAACAUGUGGAUCCCAUGCCAGUGUUACUCACAGCGGACGCACGGCAUUGCGUCCGAAUGCAUCGGAUGAUUUCAAUAACGGAGUCGUGUUAACCCGUCGUACCUUACGACCCAACGAGAUGUUUCAAGUUCGCUUGGAGAGAGUAGUCACUAAAUGGGCAGGAUCUAUCGAGAUGGGCGUCACUACACACGGUCCAACGGAAUUAGACUUUCCAUUCACCAUGACGAAUGUCCGUUCGGGAACAUGGAUGAUGACUGGAAACGGAGUGAUGCAUAACGGUAUGACCGUUAUUGAGCAGUAUGGACAAAAUUUGGAUCGAUUGCAGGUUGGUGAUCGGGUAGGUGUAGUUCGCAAAGAUGACGGCACAAUUAAUUUUUGGGUCAACGGAGUAGAUCAAGGACCAGCGGCAACAAAUGUUCCGGAAAAAGUGUACGGUGUUAUUGAUCUUUACGGUCAAGCGGCACAGGCUAGUAUUGUUGACACAUCCGAGUGUGGGACUCCGGAUACAGGCAAUUCCACGAUAUCGAACACCACCUUAUUCAGCAGUGAACCAAAGCUGAAAUUUCAUUCUGUUCACGGUAAGAAUGCACGAAUUUCCAACGGAGGUUUGACUGCUUGUCGGCCUAAGGCUCUUGCUGAAUUCAAUGAUUCAAUCGUAUUUAGCAAUAGGCCUCUGAAGCAACGAGAGUUAUUCGAAAUUGUACUCGAAACAGUUGUUGACCAGUGGAAUGGCAGUAUCGAAAUCGGUGUUACUGGAAUUCGUCCUGAUGAAUUAAGUCUCCCAAGUACGGCCACUGAUCUUGAGCACGAUACUAUUAUGAUAUCCGGAACUACAUUGAUGCGCAAUGGUGUUACGGUUAGAAACGAUCUACCGUUCGAUUUGGAUACAUUGACUGCUGGUUCACGAGUUGGUGUAAUGCGCAAUGGAGAUAAUAUACAUUUCUUCAUCAAUGGAAUCGAUCAAGGUCCGUACUAUGAGUGUAAAGCUCAAAAUUUGUACGCAGUCAUCGAUUUGUAUGGUCAAUGUGCCCAAGUAAGUAUAACAACGCCGCAACCGGAUAUACGAGCUCCUUAUGCGAUCAGUGAAAAUUCGCAGAGCUUGCAAGCGACAUCCGUGAUUCAACCCGCUCUGGAGGCAAAGCAUCGUUGGUCAUGUAUCUCCGGUAAUGUAACACUGAUGCAAAAUUGGACACUGGCAUCACGAUGCACUAACACUGCCCUAUCGCAUUGUUUAGUUUUCUCGGAGCGUCCACUAGUAGUAGGCGAGACAUUUGAAAUUAAAAUUACAGAUAUAAACCCUUUAUACGCGGGAAGCCUGAAAGUUGGGGCUACGGAUUUGAAUCUCUCUGAUGAGCAUGUGCGUAAAAAUAUUCCUAUCAGUAUGAAACGCAUACCGGCAAACGUUUGGUAUGUUAGUGGUAAUGAAGUUCGUUAUAACUCAACAUUACUUCAAAAAUCGCUAGCCUCCUUGGAUUGGCUUCGAGUAGGGGAUCGUAUUGCUAUAGAGUUAACUGCCACACGAACCUUGAAGAUACUUCUCAAUUCGGAAGACAUGAACAUCAACUUUCAUAACGUAUCGGAGGACAUUUUUGCUGUAGUUGAGCUGCUGGGAUCUACCAUGGCUGCCCAGGUUAUCUCAUCACAAGGCCCGUCAUCCCCAUUACGACCUUGCAGCCUACGUUUGCAGGACUCUCUCGAACUUGGAUUGGAUCCACUGAACAAACAGGACUCUAUGUUAGAAUCGAUAGAUUCGGACAGUUUGUCGUUCGAGUUUUCCGAAUGUCACGGGAAAAAUAUUCAGCUAUGUGAUGAUAGAAAAUCGGCCUGUCGAGUACAAUCAUAUCAACAGGGAGUUGUCUGUUUAUCGAAACCUCUAUGUAAAGGUCAUAGUGUUAGUAUUAAACUUACUCAAGUAAAUCCCAGAUGGAAAGGAACUAUCGCUGUCGGAGCCCUGGGUGUCUGUCCGGCAACUCACCAGUUUCCAUUCCCAACAUCAGCGAUUUUAUUCCGUAGGCCCUGUUGGAUCGCUACCCAUGAUUACAUCAAUAUCAACGGAAACAAGACACAGUCAAAAUAUGCAGAAAUCUUCGAACAAAUCCAAGUAGGAACAGUAAUCACUUUAACAUUAACUCAAGCAGGAAAUUUGGGAAUAGCGUUCGGACAGACUCAGUUGGAUGAUUUGGCCACCGGAUUACCCCAUCACAUCUAUCCAAUAUUCGAUAUCUACGGCCGGUGUGAAAGAAUUUCCAUAGCUACAGGUGAUCUGAAGAGCGGUAGUCCAAUUAAUGAGGAGCUGGCUACUAUGCCUUCUGGUUCGGUAUCCACCGGUAUCUUAGCGGGCACUUCAACAAUCGAUGUCGAGAAUGUUCGCCAGUGUGAAAAGGCAGAUCUUGAGAUCCACGAGAAAGAAACCGAUAUAGCAUGCGCAUCGAAUCCGAGUACUUCCGCUAUGAGUCGAUCGGUCAUGGAUAGCGUUUCGGAGAACCUACUGAUGAAUAUAUCCAUAAAAAAUCGUACUGCCAAUGAAGCGAGGAAUCAGGAUCUAUCAAACUCCUGCUGUCUGCGGGACUCUCUGCAAUUGCAACACUCGACGAAUCUUAAUAUUCAGCGUAGUCAGAGCACGCAUCGGUUCAACGCUCUGCAAGGUAGUUUCGACAGUAACCGGGGUGGUGAAUUAUCGCAAUCGGUUAACUUCGACGAAGGCUUCGAAGACUACCGCUCCAACGCUGCCAGUGUACAACCUACCGGUAGCAACCCACAAGCAGGGAAUAGUGCCCAAGAAAACAAUACCGAUCCGAAUUAUCUGGAAGACGCGGAUAGCAAUAUCGAUUUUACAAUUCAACUUAACGAAUCGGAAGUGGAGGAGGACAGUAACACGAUUGCAAAUAAUCGUGCCAAAUUGGGACUGUCCUUGCAACCGACCUGCUCGACGGCUCCUGAACAUCAACCAGCAUUAUCACAAUCAUCUACGGCAUUAGUUGUGGCCGAAAGUCGUCGUGCUGCUGUAGAUUUACAAGAGGAUCAGAUCCGAUCUUUUCGUGCUAAUUCGAUCUCUUCCUCAACGAUGCUAAGUGUUGUGGAAAAUAAAGAUUGUGACUAUCUUAAACUUGUGAUGGGAUUCAAACGAACUCUAAUGCUUCCGGAUGUAUUCUUCGCUGGAGAUGUCUUUAGCUGUUUCUGCGAAGGCUGUGCUCCUGCGCUGCAAGGCUCUUUGCUAAAAGGUUGGGUGCGAUUCAAGAUCAACCAGCAAACAUUGAGCAGCUCAAGCAUCGCCAAUACAGCAGAUGAUUCUAUUUGGACAACCGCAUAUUACAACGCAAGAGUUGAAAAGAUUCGAUCGGUUUUGGAUCAUGGCCAACCGUUACCGAUAGAAUCAUGCCAAUUUCUCCCGGAAGCCACAUCCGUAGGUGAUAACUUUGUUCCUGGGACUCACAUUCUGCUGCAGUCAUCGCCUGAUUCCGGUGAACGAUCUCAGCGAUCAUCCUUCCACCGAUAUAUGGCUAGCAGUGUUUGCUAUCGCAUCUGUGCUACGUUUGAAGUACGUGUUCGAUCGCAGGCGCUGUCGAAUAUAGACCUCGGUGAAGUUGUUAGUGCAAGUGAUACCGGAUCGUCAACAACGCCAGCGACUGAGUUGCGUCACUGGACCACCAAAGAAGCGGAUGCAUGCGUUUUGACUGCUUUAAUGAUUUUGUUAGCUCCGGCAUAAACAAAUAGCUCGUAUCGUAAAUGUGUUCUAUUAUGCUCAUGUGAAAGUUAACUGCUUGCAGUAACUGAGAUCACAUUUUAUAUAGAACAAGUUUUGACCCCCGAUCUCAGAUAAAUAUUUGAGGAUCGUAUUUAUCCGAUCUCAUCUAAAUAAAAAUAUUCCACUCAUAGCUCACUCUGCUUUCACGAACCAAAGUUUGCAAUGAUCGACUGAUUUAGUAACUAAACACAUCCCGAAACUAUGAAAGUAAUAAUACAUUGACAUAUUCAGAUUGUAUGCUCGAUCCAGACUAUUAUUUUCACACCUAUUUGUCUCAUAAAUAUAAGUUGAAGUAAUGAUCAUGUAAAAUGACAUUAUGAUGAGGGAUAUAAUAUGAAAUGAUUCCUAUGACUAUCAUACUAUCAAAGUAAAAUUAUUUAUCUGAAUGAAAGUUGCAUUACGUCGCAUGUGGUUAUGCAAACUCUCAGCUGGCAAAAAUAAACGAAAACCAUUAACAAUUUCUACACACAUUCAAAAAGCAUAAUUACUCUUAAGCAGAAACCUAUAAUAAAGUUUGCAUGCACAGUGUAAAAUUUUUCGUUUUUAUAAUAAUAUAAAGCCCUUCUGAAGAAUAA